AUGUAUUGGUGGACAACCGCUCUGCUUCUUGCGGGCUCCGGCUUGCUCACAGAGACCGUCGCCUUUCCCGCAAACUUCGACCACCGUCGCGAUGACGCUCCCAUCGAAUCGCAUCCGUUCGCGGACUUUGGGCCAGUCGGACCCUCUGUCGUGAAGCGCGCUGACAAGCCUGAUUUGCGCAUCUUGCCGCUCGGGGCGUCCAUCAUGAGCGGUGUUGGAUCCAGCAAUGGCAACGGCUUGAGGAAGCCUCUGAGAGAUGCCCUCCGAUUCGACGGUUACGAAGUUGACAUGGUCGGCGGUAGAAACUCGGGAACCAUGAAGGACAAUGACCAUGAAGCUGUUCCGGGAGAUAUUCUCACGGAAAUCCGCACGCGGCUCCAGCACGCUCUCGGAUACAAGGCCAACGUGAUCAUUAUCAACGGAGGCACGAACGAUGCAGUGCGAAACAUUGACACCGGAAACGCGUACAGUCGAAUGAACGAUAUCCUUAACGACAUCUGGAACUCCGAAGACAUGGGCGAAUCCUGUGUUAUCCUGUCCACUCUCCUGGACACAUCGGACCCAACCGGCACUGUCCAGCGAAUCACGAUCAACAACCAAUACCGAACACUGGUCAACGACAGGAAGGGCGAUGGCAAAUGCAUAGUCUUGGCUGAUAUGGAUCCCGAGGAAGGAUCGCAGCAUGGAUGGAUCGACGCUUGGGAAAAUUGGAGAGACUACACUGACAACGAGGACCCUCAUACGCACCCCAACGACGAAGGGCAUAAAAAGAUGGCGUACAUCUUCUACAAGGGCAUUCUCAAAGUUCUUGCGACCGGCCAGGUCAUGCCGCCAUCCACUGAGUUUGAGGUGGCUGAUCCAGUCUGCGACAAGUUUUCUGGCACCGGCCUCAAUCCUGGUGGAAAGACGCAAAGAGGCACUGGCAACGACGACGACGUCUACCGUCACUACAGCGAAGAGAUGGGAAUCGUCUGGACUGCCGAAAGCGAGUGGGAUCGAGACCAAUGGCGAUUCGCCCGGCUGUACUCGAACAAGUACGACGACUUUGUUGCAUGGGUCAAAGUCAGCAGCACCGAGAACGUCUUUGCUGUUUGGGCAAACUCGGCAGACGGAAAGGGCAACUUCGCCCAGGUUUCUGACCUCUCUCCGGGCAUGUACUGCGAGCCUGCCGGCCAAUACUUUAUUGACAUGAACGGUGACGGCCUAGACGACUUCGUAUGCAUCGACAGCAAGGGCAACGCACACCUGUCGAUCAACAACGGCGACGGCAACCGAUCAGCAGGGAAGCCACCUUCAUUUACGGCUCUCGGGCAGAUCAAGACUGCCGAGACUUCGAGUCGAUCCAACGUGCGCAUGGGUGAUAUCGAUGGCGAUGGACGCGGCGAUUACAUUGUCAUCGAUAAGCUCGGCACUGUCACUGUCUGGCGCAACGGCUGGGUCGACGAUAAGCCAAAGUAUUGGCAAGCCCUGGGUACUCGAUGGACCGAUCAAUACACUCGGGACAUCACGGGAGUUCAAUUCCACGACAUCAACGGAGAUGGACGCGAUGAUUGGCUUUGGACCGACAAGACUGGUGCCACAACAACCUUCACCAACAGCCGCUCUUGCAAAAGGGGAGUGGAAGGAAACGGCCUCAACGUCGCCUGGCGCCAGGGCUUCUUCGAAACCGAAGGCACCGGUCCUACGCACAAGGGUGUUCCUGGCUAUGUCACCAAGGACGAGUCUGAUCUGCGCAAGCGAGUUCAUUUCGCUCGAGUCUACGGUGGCUCCUCCUCUUUCGGCAACCUCUCCCUGAAGGACUACGUUUUCCUCGAACACACAAAGCUCUCGAACGGAAAUCACAGCUUCAAGAUGCGCAUCUGGAAGAACACUGGUGGUGGCGCAUCUAAACUAAAGAUGGAUGGUAACAAGUACUGCAACAUGGUCGGGCACGAAGACGGCCGUUCUGACUACGUUUGGGUGUGGUCUAACGGCAAGAUGGAGCUCUUCAUGAACCGAGGCAAGAAGGCUAUCUCCGACAAUGACGCUGAAGGGUUCUGGGACUGGUCGCCCGGUGUGAUCUGGACGCCCCCUUCAGCGAUGCAUCGACUAGACCUACACCUCGCGGACUGGGAUGGUGACGGCGCAUGCGACAUUAUCUACGUCAACCCGGAAACAAACGCGCUCAGAGUCUUCAUCAACAACUAUCCCAAGUCAAACAAGUGGGAAUUCAGCGAGACCUCCGCCCCGAGCCCAGGUUGUGGGGAGAAGAGAGGAGUUGGUAUCAACGACUUGGCCGUCCGUUUUGCGGAUCUGACGGGCAACAAGCGAGCCGAUUUCCUAUGCCUCCGUCCAGAUGGAUACGUCUCGGGAGCUCUCCACCAAAAUGACGGAAGCUUCAAGGACGUUGGCCAGAUCAAAGUCGCCGAGGGCCAUGACCGGGCGAUGUUGCGCUUUGCCGAUGUCAACGGCGAUGGCAAGGACGACUUCCUGUGGAUCGAGAAGUUCUCGGGCGACACGUUUGUUUGGUACAAUGGUGGCGAAGACAGCAGCCGGCCUCUGGGAUCUGCGUUUUACUGGCGCCAGCAGACCGAAAAGGCUUAUGCUGGUCUCGCUGCCGGCACUUGUCUCUUCUAUACCGACCUUUCGGGCGACUGGCGCGCUGACGAGCAUUACGUGCUCGAGUCCCUCAACAACAUUGCCGAGACGUCGUUCAGCCCGGCAUGUGGUCUGAGCAACGUCGAAGGCGAUGAUCCUGAGGGAGUGGUCGACCCUCAACUCCCCGUGAGACCGGAUGACAACGGCGACGACGAGGUUCCCGACGGCGUUUGUGCCUACCCGAUCCUUGGCACGACGCAGUUGACGCUCCAGAAUACCUGGGAAAAGUCAGGCGCUGCUGACCAUCUGAACAAGUAUUUCAAGACGCAUGGUACGGAUGGCUGGUCGACAAACUACUUGUACGACAUUCUUGGUACGCAGCAUGACUGUGGCGACAUCUUCUCAACAACUUGCACGCCGCCAACUUCGCAAUGCUCCACGUACGACCCCAAUGAGGCAUUCUUUGUCCACCAGCAGAUUGCCAACUUGCACAGCGGAAUGUUCAAAUGGUGGGGCAUGAUGGUCAACGACAGCGUCAGCGCUCUCGGCAGCGACAUCACCGACAUUGUGGAUACGUACGGCACCCCCAGUGAAGACCCCGUUACCACGCUGAACAUGCUCGUCGGCCUCUUCACCAGCCUGGCGGGGAUAGCGGGAACGAUCGGAGACGCUUUGCCUGGAACCACGGCAGCCGGCCUCGGGAAGUUUGUCAACCCGAUGACUUUGAUAGCCGGUGUCAUUGCCAUCACCGCCACCAACGACUUGAACGAGCCCACGAUUGACCCUGAGGACCUCGAAAAGAACCUGAAGAAGAGCUACAGCCAGAUGUUCUCAGCAAUUUCGGACAGGGCGAGGAGUACUCUUGAAGCCACGUUGAAUGGAAAGCCGCUUUCCGGGGAGAUGCUCGAGAGAGCCGGCGUGGCUUCAAUGCAGGAGUAUAUCCAGCACCAAUUCGCUGAUGGCGCAUGGUUGAGUUCAGAGUUGAUUGGCGACUUGGUGGAUGCCAUGGCGCAAAACGUUUUCCAGAAAUUUAGAGAAUAUGCCUUGGUCAAAGCUAUCAAGACCAACAACAAGAGACAGUACAUCUUCCUCGUCACUGGACCGAAAGCGAAGGUAGUUUACAACAAUGAACUGGUCUACAUGAGUCAAGAGGCCUGCGAAUCAAUGUCAGCCCGUGUUUGGCACGAUGAUUUGUGCCUUGCGAUGGGGUAUACCGAAAUCAACGUUGCCGAUAAGCAGGUCUGGAAGACUAUCGGAGACACGGAAGCCGACGGCAUGAAGCAGUGGAUCAAAGACUUCCGAGCGGCCAUGGUCAACAACUACGAGUGCUACAAAAAGAAGGGCUCUGAUGGCAAGCUGGAUGAUCCGGAGUUUCCGAAGCCUUUUGAUGCGGGUGCCACGAUCGAAUAUCCGCAAUGCUUUUGGAACAUUUGGUCUCAUGAAGAUCUUGAUUAG